AAAAAAAACACGGUCCGGGCAGGAAUACUUGAAGGAGAAAUUGUCAUCCGGCAAGUACGUCCGUUGCGGCCAUUACACACCCCAGCCGAUACGGAUCUUUACACCUGGGCUGUGUGCGUGCUCAGUUGUGAAUACCGUUUGCUCAAACUUUUACAAGAAACGGAACAGCCAGUGUACGCUCUCCCGCACGUCACGGUGAGAUGUCUUCAGCGAUAUCCACACGCCUCAGCGGGCACAAGAUCUAAGAUGAGCUUGUGGAUCGUAAAUGAACCGUACGAGCUUUCCGAUGAGUGACAAGACCAACGCACUUUGGAAGACGGGACGUAAACGGCUUAUAAGCACUGCGUAUGCGACAGAAUAAAAUGUAGACGCAUUAUCGUUUCAGUGCCGAAUGGAAUGAUAUCGCCACUAUUUUUUCCCCGACCAUAUAAGGAGAUGUCACAGCCUUAGCAGCUUGUAUUCGAACGACAUUUGGCACAAACGGGGAAUCCGCGCCGAUCUCUGUAUACUCUGUUAUGGUGUCAACUCUGCUGCGACGCGGCGAUGAUUUGGAGGCCGCGGUGUAAGAGUGAUUAUAUACCGACCAACAUGGCAUCGUACAAGUACUGGACCAGUAGCAGCCUGGUGAUUCUGGUCAUAGCUGUUGGGGCAAGCCUGCCACCCCUUGAACGAGACGCAAUCCAGUCUUCCUCUUCAUUUUGUUGGGAGGUGUGCACGUGUGACAGCAUCUAUCAACUGGUGAAGUGCGCUUAUUUGGACCUCCCGUCCUUCCCUUUCGACACCGUGCGCAACAACACCCGCGCUCUCUCACUGCCUGGAAAUCUCAUCUCUUCCCUGUCGGGACAAACACUGCAGAGGUUCAGGCAGCUCCGUCUCCUCGAUCUGGCCGAGAAUCAGAUCUCUUGGAUAGCCGAGGAUGCCUUCGAGGGCCAGCCCAAGUUGAUGGAGCUGAUCCUGAGCGACAAUCACUUGUCCGGUGUGCCGGUGGCGGCGCUGCUGCCGCUGAAGUCGCUCCGGGUGCUCAAUCUGGCCAGAAACAACAUCACCUACUUGGGCGCGGAGAGCUUCGUCAAUCUAACAAGACUGCAGACACUCUCGUUGGUUUCAAACGGUCUGCAUGUGAUCGACCCCGGCGCCUUCCUAGGCUUAGAAGCGCUUCGUGUACUACAACUCGACCACAACUUUCUCACAGAAAUUCCAGCUGGCUCGCUGAGCACCUGCACCCGCUUGGAACUGCUCGACCUGGCAUCCAACAGCAUCGGCACUUUUUUCAACAGCUCCGAAUCACUGGGUGAGUUUAGCGUGCGCUCGUGGUUUGCACCGACAGAACCAACCAGCCUGACGACGCUCAAUCUGUCAAAGAACAUCAUCGAUUUUUUCUCUCCUUCGUGCUUUCAGGGCAUGACGAGAUUGAGCGCGCUCGAUUUGAGCCGGAACUACAUUCAGGAGAUCCCUGAAAGCCUGUUCGAAGAUCUUGGAAUGCUGGACACGCUCAACCUGAACAGGAACUCGCCGCUAUAUUUUCUUCCAGCCGGGUUGUUUCACAACACCCCCAAUCUUAAGAUUCUUAGGGUUAAGCACUGUCAACUUACAGAUCUCCCGAAAGAGCUCUUGUAUAACACCAGUCACUUGCAAGUUCUCGAUUUAACCGCGAACGGCCUGUACGAUGUUAAUUUCCUUUCUUCCGAUAUCGUUCCCUUUCUGAGAGAAUUACGUUUAAGCCAAAACUCGAUUACACAGAUUUCAGAUGACCAUUUGUUCGGUUUGUCAAUGCUUGAAGUUUUGGACCUAUCAGGGAACCAACUGACUAAACUGCCACUUCUUCACAGCCUGAGCUCGUUACAGGAAUUGAACGUGGCGCAAAAUGACUUAUCUUGGUUAGGAGCGACCGCUUUCCGCGGUACCUCAAUAAUGAAGCUGGAUUUGUCCUUUAACAACCUACAAAGUUUGAAAAAGUUGACAAUUUUUUCCUUGCCCGAUUACAUUAUGGCCGACAUAAUUCUGAACGAUAACCCGUGGACCUGUGACUGCCAGCUUUUGUGGACAUUGGAACUAAGCUAUAAGGGCUAUACUCUCGCCGACCUAAUCGAGUGCGCGUGGCCUCUGGCAUACAAGGACCUGCCAGGGGGAAAUCUAUAUGUAGCGGAUUACAAUUAUCGUAAGCUCGCACACAGGUGCACGCAGUACCCGAAACGGAAAAACAUUUACAUGUUGAUCGGGGUGUGGUUCGGCGUGGUGGCCGCCUUGAUACUACUCUUCUGGGCCGCGGCAUUCGUCCAUGCCAGGAGGAGAUUCCGGCCUAGGCAGCCGAGGGAGAGGUUCCUUUUGUUCCGCGGUCCCACCGAGAAGACCACGGGAUCCACGGUCAACACCGGUCAUUCCAAGGUACGCUUUAAAGCCCUGGAUUCAGAAACGGAGAGUCUGGAUGAUGAUGAGACAACUGUAGAAAUCAGCAUGAACUGUUGUGGAAAACGCUCGUCCUAUUUCACAUAUUUUAGGAGUUUGUUCUUUUUGCUCGUGGUGGCCAUUCCCCACAUAGGAAAGGUCGUCUGUUUUGAGGAGAUAUUCUGUCCUCUGUCAUGCGUAUGUGACUUCGACCUGUUAGUCGCGAACUGUUCGGGAAUGGGGCUCUUUGACGUAGACAAUGUUGCUGUGGAUAGUUCAUAUAACUGGACAGAGUCUCUAGAUUUUAGUGGCAACUUCCUUAGCGCGGUCGACCUCGACACUCUCUCCGGUUUCCCGAGUCUCCUAGACCUUUCACUGGCCGGGAACGAAAUUCAGGACAUCACUAACGGCAGCUUCGGUUUACUGGAAAAGAGGCUUCAUCGGCUUGUCCUUGGAGGUAACAUGCUGUCUAAGGUACCCACGGCGAUCCGCGAAUUGCGCGCCUUACGGGAACUAGAUCUAUCAAGAAACAAUUUGUGGUAUCUGGCCGGAGAUAGCUUCGAGGGCCUGGAUGUGCUGGAAUCGCUCAACCUUGACCAUAACAGCAUUCAUGUCUUCGACGGGGCAGCCUUCCGCGGUCUGACCUCGCUGAACAAACUCUCGUUGACGGAGAAUUUUCUUGCGGAGGAUCCAGUGGACUGGUUUGAAGAUUGUCCCAUGCGCGAGCUCUAUCUCUCGCACAACGCGGUUCCCCUGGCAAGCGAAGUCCGCACCUGGUUCGGACCAAACGAAACCACGUCUUUGGAGCAUCUAGUUCUCAUCAACAACAAUAUAGAUAUAGUAGAUGGUCGAUUCAGGGGAAUGGUGAACUUGCUGAAGUUGGACCUGGGGAGAAACCAAAUCAAGUCAAUCACAAAGGAAAGCAUGGAAGGGUUGCCCAACCUCGUCGAGUUGAUUAUAAACUCCAAUUCGUUGAUGUUCAUCGACAAGACAAGUUUUCGGAAUAUGUUCAACCUACAAUUCUUGUCAAUCGAUGAGAACAAGUUGGUUAGUCUUCCUGGUGGACUGUUUGGUGCAUCGAAACGACUGACGCGAUUGAAUGCAGCACGCAAUAAUCUGGAAGACAUCUCGGCCAUUACGGACGAGUACCUACCAGAGCUGGCAGAGCUGUAUCUAUACUCCAACGCCAUCCAACACAUCGCGAGUCAGGGGUUCACAUCGCUCCCGAUGCUCUCGCAGCUAGUAGCCGGUGACAACCUGCUCUCGCACGUCCCAAACGUGACGAACCUUCCCGAGUUACAAACCCUUGAGCUUAGCCGGAAUGAGAUCCACUCCGUCUCGCCCACUGCUUUCAGAGGCAGCCACUCGCUCCUGCAGAUCUACUUGGAGCAGAACCAGCUCGAGUGGCUUCAGUACGAGACAUUCGCAGAACUCUUUUACCUGGAGAAGCUGUCACUGUCGCAAAACGCCUGGUGGUGCGACUGCCGCGUCGAAUGGAUGCAAGACCUCAUGUUCGCGGAAAAUCCUCCAUUCUGGGUGAACGAUAUCAUCGAUGGGGUCUACUGCUCAAAACCACCCGAGCUGAGCGGAGCGGCCCUUGCGGAAGUGACGUCAGAGGAGUUGGUCUUGCGCUGCCCAAACCUCCUGAACCGGAACGUCAUCUUGGUCCUCCUGGGCUCAUGGUUCGGCGUGAUCUUUCUCUUCGUGGCCCGGUUUUGGUGCCGCAAGUUCUCCAAGGCUCGAAAGAGAAAGACGAUCGGCAGGCGGAAUAUCAAAUACCAGAGGCGCCAAGAGCGGAGUAGAGGCACCGGGAUCUUCGGGAAUCACCUACGGGGCCACGGUCCUAUCGGCUGGUCAGAUUCAUACGCCUUGAUCCUCCAGAAUACGGAUUAUGAUGAACAUAAUGGUGGUGGUGGCAAUAACGGUAACGGGAAGAUUAACCGCGGGGAAAGGGUUGAAAUUGCCAGGGUCACAACUGUGUAACGGAAAAGUGUUGACUUUCAUUUUUAUAUUUAUUUUGAAAAUGUUUUUACAAUUUUAACACCUUUCAGAUUUUGUGGAAGUUAUGACAGUUGACUCGCCAUAUUCGUAUUAUAGGCCUACGGUUUUCGACAAUUUUCUGAUCAGCAACUGAUCUAACAAAUAUUUGCAAACGAGCAAAACAAAUGUAUUUCGCCUCUCUGACACACUCAGUGGAUGGCACCAGGAUAUACUGUAAAUAUUAAAGUUUUUAAUUUUUUUUUAUAAGUGGAACAAUUUCACAAAAACACCAAAGGAAAACAAAUUCGAUAAAACAUGCACUCUAUGACUCAAUGUCAGAUUAAUAGCAUAAUUAUGUAUAUAGUCGAUUGCUCUUCAAAUUUAUCAGAUCUGUAUUAACGUAAUUAAUCGUAAAUACAUGUAUAUCGAAAACAAUAAUUUAUUAUAAAAAGCAAUAGUGUCAAUGGUUGUCUUCCUAAUUGAAUCAAACAGUAAUAUCAACUAUUACGUAUAUAUUAAUGACUUCGAUAAAGUAUGCAUCCUACUUUAAAAAUGCCCCAGCUUGCAUUAUAACAAUGAAUUUGAAUUUGAACAUUUACUGCAUGUUGGUAAGAGAUACAUUUACACUGACAAUUAAUAAUGAUAUUAUAAUUGUAUGCAUUACAUAACAGUUUUCUGCAUAGUUAAUUAAUAAUCAGCUAAUUACCAACAUGUAGGGAUACACAUGAACCAAACGCGUUCAAGCUUAUCCCUACACAAAACAACACCAAAAUUAACAAGCAAAAGUACAUUACCAACCACAAGACGCUUUAAUUACGUUAAGUGAGACCUGACAAGGUUGCAUCAAUAUAUGUAAAACAAUACUAUUAAAAUCAUCAACAUAGGGAAGCUCUCAAGGUUCUACAUUAUGUGCUUAAAAUAAAUUGUUUUAGUUUCCUUGAGAAAAAAAAUGUAGUGUGACAGACUCCUUCAAAUGUACGCUUAAAUCAUUCCAUAGCAAUUAAUAUACCAUUUGAUGUCAGAUUAUUAUUUUUAAUUGAGGUACGAUUGUAGUUGAUGUAGAAAUUAACAUUGGAUGCCCCGAUGAAGACAAAGUAAACAUUUUAGUCAAAUUCACUGGAGGUUUAUUCAUGUUUAAAUUUUGAACAUAAAUAGGUCAUUGAAUAUCAGUACUUGUAAUUCUGCAUAUAAUGUAUGAUCUAAGAACGGUGAUUUGGUAAUUAUUCUGACAGCUUUCUUCUGUGAUAAGAACAGUUUAUUACAUUGUGAAGUUGCGCCACCCCAAAUAUGAAUACAGUAACUUAAAUGUGAAGGGACAAAGGAAUUGUAAUGUGUUAAAAGAACAGUACUUGGUGUGAAAAAAACCUUCAAACGGUUCAUCACACCGAUGUUCUCUGAGAUCUUGCGUGAAAGAAUAUCUCAAAUGUUUGAUCCAAGACAGAUUUUCUGGGGUACAAAAGAUUUAUAGAGAACUUAUUUGAUGAGAACUAAUCGUGUUUUUUUUAUAACGUCCAUGUUUAUUCGCAGCAGUCUUUAUGUUUGCAUGCUUAUAAUUACAGCACUGUGGUUAUUUUUUGUAUCAUCCGUAAACAAGCAAAGUUUAACCAUAUCAGAUGAAUUACAGAUGUCAUUAAUAUAAAUAAGAAACAAUAAUGUUCCAGUAAUGGUACAAUCAUCGAAUCUUUGAGUUCAAACGCAUAACGCUCAUUUAUUUAUUCACACAUAUACUUCAAAUUUAAAGAAAAUGUGAUGGACAAAAAUCUACUAUUUUGUUUUUAAAGUUACAAUGGUUGUGUAAUAAAAUGGCAUGCAUUUUAUGUUGUAAUUUUUUUUAAAUGAAGUAUUAAUAUUUGUAUUUCAGUCAACAUAUAAAUAGUUUUGAGUUAUUUUUCUUCCAAGGUAUGAUAAACGCUUAAUAUUUCAAUAGUA